AUGCCCGGAGGUAGGUUAGCCUCGAGACAGUCUUGGCAUUUUUACACUCUUGUUGAAGCCAAGGCGUUUUCUGGAAGUCAUACGCAACCAUGUAAAAUAUUCAGCAUCGACAAAACUACCAAGGGGAACAAAUUUUUUACCGUGACUACUGUGGACAAAUUACCUUUCCUUGACUAUUGCACCGACCGACACCGAUAUGAGAUUCUCGAGCCCGACAUACCCACUCGCCUCUACAUGGACAUCGAUUGGCCAAUGAGUAACGGGUCCGUGCCCCUUGGUGAAAUCAUCGAAGGUCUGUGGGGGUAUCUAGGAUCCGAAGUCGAAGACAGCAUUGCAAAAGCAGCAUCGGUGGUAAAUAUACGAGAGUGUUACGUCUUUGAAAGCAAGAAAGUAAACGCGACCAAGUAUAGCUACCAUCUGACAUUCCCCCAUAUCAUACUCCCCUGUGUCAAGACCAUGGGAGGAUUCGCUAUGAUGAAGGAAUUUGUGCUGGGAUUCGUGGAGUUCCUGCGGGAAAAGCGAGGGAUAGAUGUGUCCAUCUGGAAGCCCAUAAGAGGGAGCCAGAUAGAAAGGCGUAAGUCUCUCAUUGACACACUAGUCUACUCACGGGACCAGAAUUUUCGUAUGUGUGGACAGUCAAAGAAAGACAGUCGUAACCCGUUUGUACACAUAUGUCCGUCGGACAUUUCUUCUGCUAGUAAAGAGGGUUGUAUGAAUUGGACGGAUUUUUACAACCAGUUACCUGGCUUUCAAGUGACACUGUCUGAGGAGCUCUAUCGUACUAUCGUACCAGCCACCAUUCCCUUGUUCGAAACAAAAUGUGGCAAACAUGCACGAAGGCCACGAGGUAGAAGAGACGACGUGGAGAAGGGUAUGUACGCUCAUCUAUGGCCUGGUCGGGUGGAUACCAAACAAAUUGAAGUGUUGCGGUCGGGAGAUUUAUGUGAAUUGAUUGACGGUGACGUGUUACGAGACCACUUUACGACUCUCUUUCUCCCGGCGCUUACAUCACUGGUAACUUCUGGAGACAUACCCCAUGACAAGAUAGUGGCCUGGUGCAAUUCUAGUAGUCGAUCAAAAGUCGCCAGUUGGAUACGCGAUGUAGAAACAUAUGUAGAACGGCACGGUUGUCCUGACCCCUAUCCUUGCGCCAAAAUAAUUUCGAUUAUAGAGCAUGUUUAUGAUAUCACUAUUGUGGAUCGUCGCCAACUCGAAUCGUGGCGAGAGGACGUGGCCGAUCUUGGCGACCCUUGGCUUCUACCCAGACCGGACAUGUUUACAAUGGUAAAAGGGGAUGAGGGGUUACGUCAGAAGCUGCAUAUGAUCACUAAGGCCGACAGCAAGUUCUACGGCAUGGCCAAUUCUCGGCGCCGGCUCUUUCGCAUUACGGGUAACAUGGGUUCAGGUAAAACCAAAGGACUCAUUUACUACCUUACCGACUUACUUCUUAACAUCAGACACCGACCUGAAGCCUCUUUACAACAUUCUGAGUAUAUUCCCCAGCACAAAACCCACCUUUCCCAUCUCCACACCAUCACCAUCGUAUGCCCGCGCAUUGUAAUGGUUGAUCAAUAUGUGGCUAGACUACGUAAUAGACUUCACUACUUGACCCAAAUACACCCUUCACUGAAGAGGCGAGUAAACCGGAUUUCCGUACGCGCCUACCAUUCCAACAAUACGUCUUGUUAUGACGAAUGGCGGGAACACGAUCGAAAGCGAGUCAUAGCCCGUGACACAAUGUUGAAACUUAAACACGAGGCUCUUGUUUCCCGCCAAGACAUUCCCUACGCAUAUCCCCACAUCCUGAUAGAAGAAGGGGCCAAAGACCCCCACGUCAUCAAUCAUCCUGUGGUAAACGUAGUUUGUGUCAAUUCGCUUUACCACCUGGCAGGUCCUCCACCGGACUUAUUAGUCAUAGACGAAAUUGUCAUGAUCAUAGGAAACAUGUUUAUCAAUAAUAAACCUGUGCCUGAUAAGCCAAUCGUCACCAAUCUGACCACUCUCCUCCACUCGAGUCGAAUGACAUUUCUCCUGGAAGCACGCAUGACAAGGGAGGUCGUGGAGGCUUUCACCAAAUUAUGGCAGGGACUGCCCGAAAUCACUAGCCAAACGAUUGACGACUGGUCUACGGAGCUACCACGCAUAACGGGGAUGGAUGUUUCCAGACUUAACCAAUGGAUCCGUCGCAUUCGCGAGACUAAUGUGCGGAAACAGCACAACACACAGCAAUCUAACAAUAGUGACGACAGAUCUGCCGGCAGUGUUAACAUCAUAUUAGAACGGCCAGUUUACUCAUCGCAUACGUGCUCAGUUUGGAUUGAACAAAUUCCUACCAACAUAUGCGUGGUAUCGGUACACCCUCCCAUCAUUAAUCACGUCGUGAUGUAUCCUUCACGCGAUCAGAUCGUUACGCAUCUCAUCUCUAAUGCUAUGGCAGGCAACAAGGUUUUGGUGUUAACUUCAACACAAAGCCAAGCCCACGCCAUAGGAUCGGCCUUUGUUGGGUUCGCAACCGCUAAAGGAAGAAUUCCCAUCCCGCCCGUCCAAGUUGCUACCAAGGACCAAACCAGGGAUGUGGGCUAUCCUGGUAUCUUGGAAGUCAUCAAGAGGCUACCUAAAUAUAAUCUAACCAUCAUGACUAAUGUGGUGGGGGCAGGUCCUUCCUUUGAAAACAGUAAGAUCGACGAUGUAUACCUUCUUUACCAGCCCGGGAAGAUAUGUCCACCUUUACAUGAUAUGAUACAGUUGAGUGGACGAGCACGUAGUGUUACGAGGAGGACGCUCCAUGUCUGUACUAUUGGAGGGCCCAUGUAUCGGUUUGGCACCGAUGAUGGAUUAGUUAGAAGUGACUGUGGUUCUACUAGCAAUGUGGAUCCUAUCACUCUUUUUGCCAAUGCGCAUAGAAAGUUGUAUGGCCAGGAGGAGCCGCGACCGCUUCUCCGUGCCUACAAAGAUUUGUUAAAAGAAGUAGGUAGAGCGUAUGCAAAAUAUCACGAGGGAAGCUAUCAACCCCCCAGCUUCUCUCUUACCACUGUCGCACAUGAAGACGUCAAUGUUUGUUCUCGUAUUGAAAUCACCCAGCGGCGGACUUUAGCCUCUCGGUUCAGGGACGAGGAGUUUAUGGGGCAUAACUCACACUUAGUGGCAGCGUUAGAGAAACAACCCGCGAAGGGGCGUUUGAAUUUUGACAACACAAUUGAUAAAAUAGUGGCCGUUACGCCGAAGAAUGAGCAAGAGGGGGCUUGUGGUGAAGUCAAGAAGAAGAGAACAAGGUAUCAGGGAAUCACUCUCGUUCCAAUGAUAGUGCCGGAUGAAGGUGAAGUGCGAUAUAUCCUCACAGCCGGCUAUCGAAAUACACGCAAACGACUUAAACGAACCGAUACCUAG